CUCACAACAUUAGCCCAAAAUGCUGAUGGACCGCAACGACGAUCCACAAUAGAAACAUAAAUCACACCCAGUAAUAUAUAAACCCCACGCUCAGAAACCCUAACCAUUUCUCUUCUCAUUGUUCUUCCCAAUCGCCGCAGCUUUUCAGGUAGGGUUUUUCCUGUCAAUCGUCGGAGAAGAUGAGUAAAGGAAGCAGCGGAGCCACCAAGGGUGGGAAGAAGAAGGGAGCCACCUUCGUGAUCGAUUGCGCAAAGCCUGUUGAGGACAACAUCAUGGAAAUCGCCUCUUUGGAGAAGUUUCUUCAGGAGCGCAUCAAGGUUGGAGGAAAGGCUGGAGCUCUUGGUGACUCCGUGACUGUAACACGUGACAAAACCAAAAUCACCGUCACCUCCGAUAGCACCUUCUCCAAGAGGUAUUUGAAAUACUUGACUAAGAAGUAUUUAAAGAAGAACAGUGUCCGUGAUUGGCUCCGAGUAAUUUCCUCAAACAAGGACCGUAAUGUUUAUGAGUUGAGGUACUUCAACAUUGCUGACAAUGAGGCUGAGGAGGAAGACUGAGAAGCUUGAAUUGGUCAGCUUGAUAGAAAGUGUCCUUUGUUGAACUUUAGUUUUGUAGCUCUUCAUUAUCUGGAUUUUUUUUGCCUUGUGAGACAGUAUUUACAAUUUUGUCAACGAAGUUAUAACUAUGCUCUUUGCCUCAAUAUGGAGAAUGUGAUUAGCUAGCUAUCUUGUAGUUGGUUUAUUUCUCCUGCAAUGCAAUCAAUCUUCUUAGAUUUGUUUUCUAAA